CCAAACACGACGGUGCGCGCACGCGCGCUUCGCGAAGCCGCAUGUAGUUUAUUUCUCGCUCCUUCUCCACUCUUCCAUAGCCAUGACUCCUGGAACUCUCUUCCCAGCGCCAAGUGUAAAAGCUUGGUCCCUUGCAUUCAAUGGCCUCACGUCACUCCUCUCCCUUCAUUCAUUGCUUCCAUUCCAGCACCUUCUUCUUCUUCUUCUUCGUUGGUGGAGACGAGACGAGACGAAGUUGGUCUGGUCUGCUCACGGAUUCAUUGAUACGUGUUGUCGACUUUUGGGUUUGGUGGUUUUGAAGAGAGAGAGAGAGAGAGAGAGAGAGAGAGAGAGAGAGAGAGAUGGGGAGCUCGGAGUUCUCGUGGAAGCUGCCGGAUCACACGAGGCUGCCCAAGGGGAGGACCGUGGCGGUGGUGGUGCUGGAUGGCUGGGGCGAAGCCGAGCCCGACCAGUAUAACUGCAUCCACGUCGCCGAUACUCCCGCCAUGGAUUCUCUCAGAAAGGGUGCUCCUGACAGGUGGAGACUGAUCAAGGCUCAUGGAACUGCGGUGGGGCUUCCCACGGACGAUGACAUGGGCAAUAGCGAGGUCGGUCACAACGCCUUGGGCGCUGGGCGCAUUUAUGCGCAAGGUGCAAAACUUGUUGACCUGGCUCUAGCGUCUGGAAAGAUUUAUGAAGGAGAAGGUUUUAAGUAUAUAAAGGAGUGCUUUGAGAAUGGAACGUUGCACCUAAUUGGGCUAUUAAGUGAUGGUGGUGUUCACUCUAGGCUUGAUCAGUUGCAGUUGCUCAUAAAAGGUGCUGCUGAGUAUGGUGCUAAGAGAAUACGAGUUCAUAUUCUGACUGAUGGCCGUGAUGUUUUGGAUGGUUCGAGUGUGGGCUUUGUCGAAACUCUUGAGAAUGAUCUUGCAAAAUUACGUGAAAAAGGAGUUGAUGCACAGAUUGCAUCUGGUGGAGGUCGCAUGUAUGUGACCAUGGAUCGUUAUGAGAACGACUGGAAUGUUGUUAAACGAGGAUGGGAUGCACAAGUUCUUGGUGAAGCUCCUCAUAAGUUUAGAAGUGCUGUUGAAGCUAUAAAAAAACUCAGGGCAAACCCUAAUGCCAAUGACCAAUAUCUGCCUCCUUUUGUCAUUGUUGACGAGAAUGGGAAGGCUGUUGGUCCUAUUGUGGAUGGUGAUGCUGUUGUUACAUUCAAUUUCCGAGCAGAUCGUAUGGUUAUGCUUGCCAAGGCACUUGAAUAUGAAAACUUUGAUAAAUUCGAUCGGGUUCAAUUUCCUAGAAUUCAUUAUGCUGGAAUGCUUCAGUAUGAUGGUGAACUGAAGCUUCCAAGCCAUUACCUUGUUUCUCCACCAGAAAUAGAGAGGACAUCCGGUGAAUAUCUAGUUCACAAUGGUAUCGGAACAUUUGCUUGCAGCGAGACUGUCAAAUUUGGUCAUGUCACCUUUUUCUGGAAUGGCAAUCGGUCUGGCUAUUUUAACCCUGAAUUAGAGGAGUACAUUGAAAUCCCAAGUGACGCAGGAAUUCCAUUUAACGCCUGCCCAAAGAUGAAGGCAGUAGAGAUUGCUGAAAAGGCAAGGGAUGCCAUUCUUAACAGAAAAUUUGACCAGGUGAGGGUGAACCUACCAAAUGGUGAUAUGGUGGGGCAUACAGGAGAUAUUCAGGCAACAAUUGUUGGAUGUAAAGCUGCUGAUGAGGCUGUCAAGAUUAUCCUAGAUGCAGUAGAGCAGGUGGGUGGAAUUUAUGUUGUUACAGCAGACCAUGGGAAUGCUGAGGACAUGGUGAAGAGGAAUAAAUCUGGGCAACCCCUGGUCGACAAAAAUGGCAACAUUCAGAUUCUUACUUCUCACACCCUUCAACCUAUUGGGUCUGGGCAGUCAUAACUUCACGCGGAAUUGUUUGGGCAACUUGGAUGUAAGAGGGGAAAAUGAAAAGUAUAUGCUACAAUCAGCCUGGCAAAUUUUGUUUCAGCACUGUGAGAUUAAUGAUCACGUCGGAAUACUGGCACACUAACAAAAGCAAAUGCAUGGUUGGAUCAAAAUGGCCUCUCCUAGGAGGAUGAACCUUGAGACACUGAAAAUGAUUUGGUUUUUGGCUUCUCAUUUGCGAAAUUCAGCAUAUGGUGGUGGAACCAUUUGUAUGCGGUUCUGCAUUUGGAGGUUCUUUUGUGGAAAGAGAAUUAGGUGGUCAGAGUCGAUUUUGGUGAUUGGUAAGCCAGGUGUGAUCUUGAAACCGAUCAUUUCGAAUAUUCCGUGGAUCUAAGCGAGUCUCGACACUCUAUCUUCUGUAAUUAACUAUUGUUAUUGCUCAGUGUCCAAAAAGUUCACUGCAGGAAUGUCCAAUAUUUCCGUGUACCUAUGUGUGAUCUUGAGCUCAUUUUGAGGCUGACUUUAGAGUUCCUUGGCACUAGGUGCCAAUCGCGAUUGGAGGGCCAGGACUGGCGCCAGGUGUCAGGUUCCGCCGGGAUAUGGCUGAAGCCGGGCUCGCCAAUGUUGCUGCCACCGUGAUUAAUCUCCAUGGAUUCGAGGCUCCCAGCGAUUACGAGCCCACC